AUGAAUCCAUCAAAUUGUUCACCAUUACUCGUUCACAAAAUGUUUCAAUCAUUAUUGUCCAAUCCAACUUCGGACUCUUCAAAUAUGUCUCAUCAAAGAUUAUCUGCAUCAACAACAACACAAACUUUAACAUCACCUCCUGCAAAAAAUUCUAUUCGAUAUAUUGAAAAUGAUCAAAAUGGUCGUCGAGAAAAAUAUGAUGGUUAUCGUUGGAGACUUGUUUGUACAUGGAAUACAUAUGAAUGUACAAAUAUUGCUUGUAGUUAUCAAUUCUGUACUAAACAUAAUGCAUUACGACGAAAUAAAGAAUUACCAAAAAGAAAACGAAAACCAUUAAUAACCCAUUCAUCAUUACCGAUCAUGAAUCAAAACAAUCAUAAAAAUGUGCAUGAUGAUGAUAAUGAUAUUGAAAUUCUUGAAGAAUAUUGUAAGAAUCCAACUACUCGUCGUUCUAUGAACAGUAAUAUUAAAGCAGAAGCUUCUGAUUUUAAUGUAUUUUCUGUGGACACUCUCAAUGAUACUGAUGCAUUUAAUACUGUUAAAUCAGAACCACGGGUUUCAACAAGUUAUCCUGUGGCUACACAUAAUGAUAUUGAAUAUAUUACCUCAACAACUCGUGCCAAUGGAUUGAAUGUUGCAGAAUUAGUGUCAAAAAAUAUUCCACCAUUAACCGAAUUUGAAGAAGAAUUUAUUGCAAUUCGUCUAAUGGAAAAAUUCCGAACAACUUGUCUGAUGCUUGAUGCACAACUUUUUUUACAUAAUGAAGCACUUGCUGUUGUGAAAAAAAAUUAUCGACUAAAGAUGGAUACAGUUGCACCGGAAUACUUCUAUGAUUUUCUUCUUCGUCAUCCUCGUGUAGCACUUCAUUAUAGCAAUUGGUUUUUACGAUGUAAACCUAUACCACCAACAACUGGAUGUCCAAUUGAUACAAAAGUAUGGACAUUAAGUAUGAUUGUACGAGGUGCAAUGGCAUCUGAUAGUAUGAAUGAUGAAUACGCUGAAUAA